AUGUCCGAAAUCAAAGGUGAACACAAGCUUCCGGAGCCAUCAAAAUUCCUGCGACCAUAUAUCCUAAUCCCAUUCAUAAUUUAUUUCGUUUUAUUCCGUUUGGCCAGUCGAUAUGUCAAAAAUAAUUUGUGGUUAAGUUUCAAAGGAUUCAAAAGAUAUCGUCUUCAUAAUUUAUCAAUUUGUUGGUUGCAUGCAGUUAUUGUUGGUGGAGCUGAUUUUGUAUGGAUGAGUUAUUAUGCUGGAGAGAUAUUUGAGAAUAUAAUUGAUCAUUGGACACCUAUUACAUCACAAAUUCCAUUGAUUUCUGUUGCAUAUUUUCUACAUGAUGCUAUUGAUAUGUUAAGUUAUGAAUGGUCAAAAUGGACAUUCGAAUUGCUUCUUCAUCAUAUUUUAACCUGUUUAACAUUAGUGACUCCGGCAAUGAGCGAUAAAUUUCUGAUGGCUGCUGGAUGGGUUUUGAUUAUGGAGAUUAAUAGUAUUUUCUUGCAUGCGAGAACGAUUUUACAAAUUUGCGGAAUGUCCAAAGAUUUCCCGGCAGUUUAUCAAACUAUAGUCUAUUUUAAUAUUAUUACUUUUGUGUUUUGUCGCAUUUUUUCGCAAAUUUAUUGGGUUUAUUGGGCAGUGGGACAUAUUAACGAUUUUCAUAUUAUCUAUCAAAUUGUUGGUGAGUACUUUUUUGAGAAUAAGACAAACCGCUACGGGUUUAAAUACAAUAUGUUUUAGGUUAUGGUGGUCCAAUUGUUUUUGGUGUUAUAAAUUCUUUGCUUUUUGUUCGUCUUUUGGCUAGCGAUGGUUUUUUGUCAACUUCGAUGAAAAACAAAUAUGGAAUGACCAGGUACAAUAUUCCACCUUGGUUUUUCCCAUUUAAUUUUUUGGAUUUCAGGGACCAAAAAGAGGAAGCGAACAGCAAACAAGAAUAA